AUGUACUUCCGGCAGGUUGGGGAGUCUUACGGCAUAGGGUCGUACAACCACGAACCACUUCUGGUGGACGCCGAGGACAUUCUCGACCACGAGGACGCGCCGAUUGCGCCUGCGGAGACUGAGUUCACGCCAAAGCAUUUCGAGAGGGCUGCGGCUGCGGCUGGUGAAUUGCUGCCCGGCCUGAAGGGCGUGGGGCUGACGCGCAAGUUCAACGGCAUGUUCUCGUUCACGACUGACGGCUUUCCGGUGCUGGGCGAAUCGCCGCAGGUUCGGGGGUUCUGGUCGGCGCAGGCGGUGUGGAUUACGCAGGCGGGAGGCGUGGGCAAGGCGGUCGCCGAAUGGAUCGUGAACGGUGAGCCAACGACCGACCUGCGGGAGUGCGAUAUUCGGCGCUUCCAUCCUCACGCAUACACGCGCCCUUAUGUGAAGGCGCGCGCGGCGCAACAGUACCGCGAAGUCUAUGACAUCAUCCACCCGCUCCAACAGAUGGAGAAUCCGCGAAACCUGCGACUGACGCCGUUCUUCGCCCGGCAGCAGGAACUGGGCGGCGUAUUCUUCGAGAACGCGGGCUGGGAGCGUCCGCAGUGGUACGACUCGAACGAAGGGCUGCUAGAUUCGCUGACGGUUACGGGCGAGACGCGCACAGGCUGGGAGGCGCGGGAGUGGUCGCCAACCGUUGCCGCCGAACAUGUCGCCACGCGAGAGCGGGUUGCGAUGUUCGACCUGACCCCGUUCGCCAAGUUCGAGGUGACGGGUCUUGGUGCCCUCGCCACGCUACAACGCCUCGCCACGAAUCAGAUGAACAAGCCUGUCGGGAGCAUCACUUACACAUCGAUGGUUACGCCGAGCGGCGGCAUCAAGUGCGACCUGACGGUUACGCGGCUGGACGAAGACCGCUUCAUGGUAGUAACGGGCGGCGCGAUGGGACUGCACGACCUGGCGUGGAUAGAGGCGCAUCUGCCUGCGGACGGCUCGGCGAGAGUCGAUGAUGUGUCGGCAGCGCUGUGCUGUAUCGGCUUGUGGGGACCCAGUGCGCGAGACCUCUUGAGCCGGAUUUGUGAUGACGACCUGAGCAAUGAGGGUUUCCCGUACAUGAGGGCGAAGCGGAUAGCGUUAGGCGAAGUGCCCGCGCUUGCGCUGCGUAUCUCGUAUGUGGGGGAGCUGGGCUGGGAGAUAUACGCGCCGUCAGAGCAGGGACUGCGGCUGUGGGAUAUUCUCUGGGAGGCGGGGCAGCCGCUCGGCGUAGUCGCGGCAGGCGGGGGAGCGUUCGACUCUCUGCGGCUGGAGAAGGGCUACCGGCUGUGGGGCAACGACAUACACACGGAGUACAACCCUUAUGAGGCGGGCAUCGGGUUCGCGGUGAGGAUGCGGAAGGGCGAUUUCAUAGGAAGGGAUGCGCUCAGGCAGAUUCGCGCGGAGGGGGUGGGGCGGAAGUUGUGCUGCAUGACGCUGGCACGACUCUGA